UGCGUUAAAUAUUUCACAUUCAAAGCUAACUGGGGUAACGCUAAGGGCCACUGUAACCAUGAUGGCGGAUAUCUUAUCAAUUUAAACACAGAUAAGAAGUAUACUACAAUAAUGAAGAUGACAGCGAAUUCUGUAGAUUUGUAUUACAUUGGUGGAUUUACAGACGGAUAUCCUGUAGAUUUUAAAUGGACGAAGGGUGGUUCUGUUGGUCUUCAGAAUUGGUAUCAAGGUGAACCAAAUGGUAAUGGAACAGAGAAGUGCAUGGCUUUAUAUUAUGGAAGUCGAUGGGGUUUUAUUGAUCUUCCUUGUCUUUGGAGCCAACACUUUAUAUGUGAAAUUUUGUUUUAA